AUGUCCAGCGCCCAGAAGCAAAAGGCACUCUUGCAGAGCCACACUUACCCUCUCUCCUUCGACCCCAAGACGUACGACCCGCUGCUGUCCGCCAUCGGAAACGCGCAGGUUGUCCUAAUCGGCGACGGCUCCCAUGGGACGUUCGAGUUCUACGAGCAUCGAGCGAACCUCACCAAGCGCUUGAUCGAAGAGAAGGGGUUCACUGCGGUAGCUGUUGAAGCUGACUGGCCGGACGCCUUCCGCGUCAACAGGUACAUCCACGGUGGCAAUCUCAGAAAUGGUGUCAUUCAAGAUGCUCGGGAUGCCUUAGCGGACUUCGAGAGAUUCCCCAAGUGGAUGUGGAAGAACGAAGUUAUGCCCGGGUUCAUACAGUACAUGCGGGACCACAACGACCGCAUCAUGCGGGAGACCAGCGAUCCAUACAACAAGGUUUCCUUCUUCGGCAUGGACCUCUACUCCCUGAACCGCUCGGCGGACGAGGUUAUCAGGUAUCUCGAGACCGUGGACCCUGAGGGUGCUAAAGCGGCUAGGAAGAAAUAUAACUGCUUUGAGCGAUUCGGCGAAGAUACCACGCGCUAUGCGUACGAGACACAGUUUGGUCUCAAAAAGGAUUGCCACCGGGAAGUUAUCCUAAAUCUGCGCAACCUCCUCCACAACCGGAAGAAGUACAUCGAGGAGCAGGGUCAAGCGGACGGCCAUCCGGACGAGCAGCACUUCGUCGCAGAGAUGAACGCGCUCGUCGUGCGGGAUGCUGAGGAAUACUACCGCACGAUGAUGUCGGAGGACACGCUGAGCUGGAACCUGCGAGACGACCACUUCGCGCGGACGCUGCGCAAGGUCGCUGACCAUCUGGGCGACGGCACAGGCCGGAAGGCAAAGAUUGUUGUCUGGGCACAUAAUUCACACAUCGGCGACGCGAGGGCGACGGAUAUGGGUCGCAGGAGAGGUGAAAUCAAUGUUGGACAGCGUUGCCGUGAAAUUUUUGGCGCGGACAACGUCUUCAACGUCGGCUUCCUGACCAACAGAGGUACUCCUUCCAUUGAGCGAGUGUUCGACGAAUGGGCAUCCGGCGACUGCUUCGUCAUCACGCACAAGAUCGAAAACACGCCGAAUGGGAAUGAGAAGCAGGAGAUGUCCCCGGAGCUCUCUGACUUCCUCAAUCGCCCGCGCUACGAGCGGUUCAUCGGCGUGAUCUAUCGCAAGGACACCGAGGUACCAUCCCACUAUUCGAAGUGCAGUGUCGCGGAUCAGUACGACGCGGUUGCGCACAUCCGGGAGUCGAGGGGCAUUCGGCCCUCGAGCGGGAGGAGGACAACCAGCGGGUGGAUGGGGAUGUCGUGGAGACAUAUCCGUUUGGGGAGUAAUGCUGCUGAGGCGGCGUAG